AUGGGCGGCGCAGUCGACCAAGACACAAAACGACUUGUUGCACCAGACCGGGCCAAGUCGUUGCGCGCUGCCUUCUCUCUGAGAACGACCGAUACCUUUGGGUGCCCAACCCACCAAGUACCAGAGCUUGUCGUUGUUACACACAUAUAUAUCAAAAUGUUCUCCAAGACUGUUGCUCUCGCUCUCAUCGGCGCCGCCGCCGUCCAGGCCGCCAUCGCCCCCAACGGCACGACGCACAACGGCACGACGCUCACCGUCACCGAGGUUGUCGACGUCUGGACCACCUACUGCCCGGAGCCCACGCACCUGACCAUGAACAACAAGACGUACACCGUCACCGAGGCCUGCACCUUUACCAUUACCGACUGCCCUUGCACCAUUACCCGGACGAUCCCUACCCACCACCCUGUCAUCCCUGCCAACAACAACCAUCCCGCCAACAACGACAAGCCCAGCGGCAACAAGGGCCCUGCCCCGACCGCCGCGCCUCCCGCUACGACCGCCAGCCAGUGCCCCGGCGGCAAGGACUGCGCUCCCGUCGUCGUCGCCGGCGCCGGCCAGAACACGGCCGCUUACGGCAUGGCCCUCGUCGGCGUCCUUGCCGCGGGUGCCUUUGCUCUGUAA